GGGACUUCGAGCCGUAGCCAAUCGACGCAGAAGGCUGAAUCGCGGUGGCCGGCUGAGGCGGUUUCUUCCGGCCGGGCCGAGCGGUGGUUACGGUCGUUGAAGGACCCUCGGUGCAGAAUUUGUGGCUUUAGCAGCUGUUUGUUCCCACCGAGCUGUGCUUAGGAAGUUGUCCAGCCAGAACUCCUUUAGCUGCUCUGCAGCCUUUGUCAAAGCGAGUGAGCGUCGCGCAGGCCCUGCAGUUCGCCAGGCCCGCUGAAAGCGGGUUAGAAUUCAGUCCUUAGACGAUCAGCAGGAAGGCCUUUCCUAGGAGAUAGCCAGAAUAGAGAGCUGUAAACUUGAAGUGCAAGAGGCUGCUUCUAGUACCUGAGUGGUUCUCACUCAUCUUUGCCUUUCUUACCUCGUGAUCUCACCAUUCCAGAUUGAGAUCAUGGCAGGUCCAGAAGCUGAGGAACAAUUUCAGUUCACUGGUAUUAAAAAAUAUUUCAACUCUCAUACUCUCACAGGUAGAAGGAAUUGUGUACUGGCCACAUAUGGAAGCAUUGCUUUGAUUAUCUUGUAUUUCAAGUUAAGGCCAAAAAAAACUCCAGCUGUGAAAGCAACAUAAAUGGAUUUUAAACUGUCUCCGUUCUUAACCUCAUCUGUUAAGUUCCAUGUCUGGAGAAGCUAAUCCCAACUCAUCAUGUGAUAAUACAAUUUGUACAAUAAAUUAUGAACCUGGAAAA